GUAAUCACAAAGCAGCGUUCUUCCAUCCUAAUUGAGAUGGAAAAAUUACUUAUGCUAUGGAUCGAGGAUCAGAAUCAACGUAGGCUUUCUAUCAGCCUAAUGCUCAUUCAGGAAAAGGCACGGUGUAUUUUCCAAACUUUGAAAGAGCAGAAAGGCAAGGAUGCCGAGAAGGAGGAAUUUACCGCCAGCAAGGGCUGGUUUAUGAGAUUCAAGGCCCGUGCCAAUCUUCAUAAUCUCAAGGUCCAAGGUGAGGCUGCAUCCGCAGAUGAAAUGGCUGCAAAAGCUUUUCCGGGUGAUCUAGCCAAGAUCAUCCAGGAGGGCGGGUAUCUUGCGGAGCAAGUUUUCAACGUGGAUGAAACCGGAUUAUUCUGGAAGCGGCUGCCUAGUCGGACCGACAUCUCUAAGGAGGAGAAGACGGCCCUGGGCCAUAAGGUGGGGAAGGAGAGGCUUACUUUGCUGCUUGGGGGUAACGCUGCUGGGGACUUCAAGCUGAAACCUUUGCUCGUCUAUCUUGCUGAAAACCCCAGGGCACUCAAGGGGAUCUGGAAGAGUAUCCUACCAGUCAUCUGGAAGUCGAAUAGGAAGGCAUGGGUGACGCUUGCUAUUUUUGAGGAUUGGUUCACCUACCAUUUUGUCCCCGCAGUGGAGCGGUACUGUGCAGUCAAGGGCAUCCCCUUCAAGGUCUUACUGUUGCUUGACAAUGCUCCUGGCCAUCCUCCUACUUUGGGUGAUUUCCACCCCAAUGUUAAGGUGGUUUACCUCCCACCCAACACGACAUCCCUGCUGCAGCCCAUGGAUCAAGGCGUCAUCGCGUCCUUCAAGGCAUACUACCUUAGAAGGACUAUGGCUCAGGCGUUGGAUAGGACGGAGAAUCAAGAGAACUUCAAUCUUAAGGACUUCUGGAGGGGGUAUAACAUCCGUGAUGCCAUUAAAAACAUUGCCAAUGCGUGGAAUGAGGUGAAGCAGACCAACAUGAACGGCGUGUGGAAGAAGUUGUGUCCCCAAUUUGUGAAUGACUUCCAUGGGUUUGAGGAGACUUGUGAGUCUGUGAUUAGAACAAUUGUCCAAAUCAGUCGGCGGUUGGAUCUGGAGUUGGAGACGGACGACAUCACGGAACUUCUGGAUUCCCAUGGAGAAGAGCUAUCAUCCGAGGACCUGAUUGAAUUGGAGAAGCAGAUGAUCAAAGAGGACGAAUCCAUAGAAACCCCAGAACCAAGGCAUUUCACAACCAAGGGCUUAGCCGAGGCCUUUUCACUUCUAGAACAGGCUAUGGCGCGAUUCGAGGCAGAGGAUCCCAAUAUGGAACGAUUUUUGAAAGCUUCAAGGGGAGUGAUGGACAGUGUACGGUGCUACCGUGAGAUCUGGGAGGAAAAGAGGAAGAUUUCCUUCCAGACGGACAUCUCCAAGUACUUCACCAAGGUGGAGAGGCCAGUAGAACCCGUACCUUCAACAUCUACAGAAUAUCCUGCACCUGCUACCCCUCCAGAUAAUCCGGAUUCCCCAGCAGCAGCUCUCACAGCCUCCCCUCCUUCUUCUCCAGCCACCUCUCAGCAGUGAUGAAUUAAUUUCAACGUCUUGACCAGAUCCAGGGAGUCCAUGUGGACCUCAUGUUCAAUUUCCUUCUCUGUCUUCACGGUGAAGGUCAGACCAGUUUCCUGGGGCCGGAUCCAGAGGCAUAGGAGGGAGAAUCCGCACUUAGACGGAAUGCAUUCGUCUUCCAGUAUCUGUCCCACAGGGGUGGUGCACAUCAUGUGUUCUGGAUGUGGACAAAGAACACAGGACACACACCACAUGAU